GCUCUUCACUAGUGUGUGCGCGCUACCUACCUAAGCCAAAGCCUAAAAAUGAACACCAAUCAGCCGUACUACUUGAUCACUUUGCAAGUUGCUUGAGGCCGCGACGGAGAUUGAACUAUAAAUUGUUCAUUGGUUCAAACAUCGAUUAAACCAGUCAAAAGACAUGCAAGUGGAUGAGUCUUUUGAACAGCUCCGACGUUGAGUAGUUGACCAUACCCUAAAUAAAACAGGUCAUUCUUCCUUGCGUUAGAUUAGAAGUUGGACAAAUUCAUAAAAGUGGACUUCGCCCGGACUAGUGCUAGCUGUUGAUUUAUAGUCUCGGUUACUCGUGACGCAGUUUUGUAGACUUUAAAGUAGGCGAAGGAGGCGUGGUUUUAAUUAAAGACAAGUUCACACCAUGCACUUUCGCAUGAGAAGUGGUUUUGUUGCCUGCUGCCAGUCUUGAGAUAAGACUUGUCUUCAUGCCUCGUGGAAGAAGUUUGGACUUUACUUCCCCCCCUGACUGUCCCUUAAAAAGUCCUCCACACUGAGCCACGAUUAACAUUAGGCCUAGCAUGGUUGUAGCCUUUCAUUUAAGGCAAGUUUCUACACUGUAUUGUGUAAUAAAAAAUAUGCCUUCAGGCCUGUCAGGACAUGGCACCCGUAGAAGUACAUCCAGACACCAUGUACAUGUCAUACUUAAAUAUCACGAUCACCACAGUUAUGCAAAACAGGUGACAUCGUGACGGUGCUGACGUCCUUUGAAACACACCAACCUAGGCUGAUUGGAGGAAUGUCAAGGCUAUGCAUAUAACUUAUAAGGCUGUGUAAGCCUGCACCUUGAUACAAUAAAAUUCUUGUUUGUCAUUUAAAGCAAACACAAAAUUGAUGAAUAUUUCCACAUGCAUUCAACUAAACUGGACCUUAGAGUUGUUCUGUUCAUAGGUUUAUUACUAGAUUUUUCUAUUUAAAUUCUUUCUUUGCAUCCUAAGUCUUUGUACUGGCUUGCUACUGAUACUUGCCAGGCCUUUCUAUUCCAGUUGAGUAUUAAAAACAUACGGAGUAAUUGCAGAAUAUCCCGCCACUCUAAAAAACGACCCCUGGAAUGACUGGUUACGCGGGUACAAGGUGAAAAUCCCUUGAGAAGAGAGUGACACUUUGACCUGUACCUGGCUAUGAGGUGGCAGGAUAUACUACAAUUGAGCUAAAAACCCCUUGAAGCAAAAUAAUGAGCGCAGUGGUAGCCGCGGGCCUUAGUCUACAAGUAGGCCUACUACUGCUUCCAUUUCCUUGAUACAGGACUAACCCCACAUCAAAAGAUUGCCAAGGUACCGGUAUUGCAUUAGAAUGGCCAUAGUAGGGGACUCGCAUAGAGCCAUCUGAACCAGGCUCUGUCUGAAUGUGAGAUGAUAAACAUAAUUUUAAUUUUAUGCGGCCGUGACUUGUCAGAGGUAAAUAGGGUGAAGACUUUUGAUUGGACUGGCAGUUAUCUGCUUCCUAUUGUGUGUUAGAUCAUAUCUACCCACGCUGCAGACGGUACCUCGCUCAUGCACAAGUACAGUACCUUAAUUUUUGUCAUUCAGUUGAACUGUCUGCUGGCAUGAAUAAAUCCGACCAAAAUUAAGCAACCCGGAAGUACCUGAGGCUCUCCACCCCUUCCAAUCCUGCUACCUGGUAGGAUGGAAUCCACGACUGUGUCAGAGGGUGUGCCCCUUCCGGCAGACUGGGCCAAGCUGGUGCCCAACAUGCCCACCGGUCCCCUAGACCUCUACCGGCAGAAGGCGUCCUUCGGCUGGAAAGAUAUGAAGUUGCUCACCGAGGGGGAAGAUCAGAUCCGAUUCCAGCGUAACUUGUGGAGCAUCAUGGAAAAUGAGGCCGUCUUCCAGCAUCUUGCCCCAGACGCCACCAUGGCAGAGAUGCGGGAGGCCACUCAGAGACGCCUCCAUCACCUGAUGAGGCUCAACCUCCUCCCCUGGGACAAGCUUUCGGAGCAAAUCAACAACAUGCAGUGGAUGAUCGACGGCCUGGGCAUGUACGACUGGUCCCUGUCGGCCAAGUACAUCUUGAAUUUCCAGAUGUUUGGAGGAUCCAUCAUGAGUCUAGGCACAGAACGGCACCAGAUAUUCAAGGACUUAUCGGCUACCUUUGAAAUCUGUGGUUGUUUCUCUCUGACGGAGCUCUCCCACGGCAGUAACACCAAGGCGAUCAGAACCACAGCCACAUAUGACCCCACAUCUGAGGAGUUUGUUUUCAACACGCCUGAUGUGGAGGCCACCAAAUGCUGGGUGGGCCUGAUGGGCAAGACGGCCACCCACGCCCUGAUGUACGCCCAGCUCUACACCCCCGAUGGGGUGUGCCACGGGCUGCACCCCUUCGUCGUCCCCCUGCGGGAUCCCAAGACCCUCCAGAGCUACCCAGGACUGGUGCUGGGCGACAUGGGCAAGAAGAUGGGGCAGAAUGGACUGGACAAUGGCUUUGUGUCUUUCAACGAUUACCGUAUUCCACGAGUCAACCUCUUGAACAGGGGUGGUGACGUCACACCCGAAGGGAAAUACGUCACACCGUACAAGGACCCUACCAAGCGGUUCAGUUCAGCUCUAGGUGCCUUAUCAGCCGGCCGUGUAGGAAUCAUCAGCAUGGCUGUCGUCAACCUGAAGAAAGCCUUAACCAUCGCGGUACGGUACUCAGCGGUCCGCAAGCAGUUCGGACCCACAGAUGCAGAGGAAAUCCCUGUUUUAGAGUACCAACUCCAGCAAUGGCGUUUGCUCCCCCAUGUGGCUGCCAUGUAUGUCCUUCACAGCUUUGCCAACUACAUCGGGGACCAGUACCACGAGUUCGUCAUCGGCAAUUUCCUGAGGGACAAGAGCGAGAGGCAGGCCAGGUUUAGUCGCGAGUUGCACGCCUACUGCAGUGCUGGUAAGCCGCUGGCUACCUGGGCAGCCCGAGAUGCUGUGCAGGAAUGCAGAGAGGCUUGCGGGGGACACGGCUUCCUAUGGGCGAGUGGUUUUGGUGAGAUUCGCAAUGACAACGACCCCAACUGUACUUACGAAGGUGACAACAACGUCCUACUGAUACAAACCAGUAACUAUCUGAUCAGCCUAGUGCAAGCUAAGCAAACAGAUGAUGUGAAGAUAUGGGCCCCCAUGGAGACGGUCGAUUUUCUGGACGACAUGGAGUCUGUACGCAGUUACCGCUUCGACUGCACCAGCGAAAGCAAAGUGAUGGCCCCCGAGGCCAUUCUCUCGGCGUACAAGUGGCUGGUGGUCUACCUCAUCCAAGAGAGUAUGUCCAAGCUGCAGGCAGAGGGCCGGAAGGGCAAAGAUGCCUUCACCGCUCGCAACGACAGCCAAGUCUACUACUGCCGAUCGCUCGCCAUUGCGUACAUAGAGCACACUGCUCUGGACGCCUUCAUACGUUUCUGCCACAACGAUGACAUCAACCCCUCCCUCAGGACAGUCCUCCUAAAGCUAGGUAGCUUGUACGGUCUGUGGAGUCUGGAGAAACACGCCGCAACUCUGUACCAAGGUGGGUACUUCUCUGGCAGCGGUCCAGCCCAUCUGAUCCGAGACGCCAUCCUGACCCUCUGCUCUCAGCUCAAAGACGAAGCCGUGGCCCUCGUGGAUGUCUUUGCCCCACCUGACUUCAUCCUGAAUUCCCCCAUCGGUGCUUCGGACGGACAGGUAUACAAGCGUCUGUAUGCUGCCUUUCUCCAAACUCCGGGCAGUCUAGAAAGGCCGUCAUGGUGGAAGGAAUUCGCCAAGAAGUCUGCUGCAGCUAAACUUUAAUGCUGAUAGGGAUACACGUGAGGUACUCCGCGAGUAAGGUCAAUGAGAAGGGACCUCUGAACUUUGACCUUGCAACUGUUCAUGUCAGCGUAACAUUUUGCAAACCUCCACAGUUGUAUCAACUGUAGUGGAAAUAAUGAUAUUUGAAAUUUUAAUUUUAAUUUUGUUCCCCAUUUCCAAUGUCCUGUGCUUUUAUGUGGCCUUGUGAACAAGGUCUUUCAAUACACCUCUUGCCUAGCUAGCCUUGCAUAACUGAUGAUGAAGGUGGGGCUAAAUUGUGGAUUUAUUGGGCAAGAAUGCAUGCUCAGGUGACGAUCAAAGUGAAAUUCUGUGUAAUGCGUAUCGAUCAAGCAGUCAGAGGUUUGAUUCGCAAAUUCUGACAAGAUGCUGCUUCGGAUGAAUUUCAAGAAUGAUUUAAAGCCCUGAUAAAGGCCCCGCCCUGCAUCCUUUUUUGUCAGACUGUUUGAAGUUCUGCCCUGCCUAUCAUUUUACCUCUGCCAUGUAUUAUAUUUUUCUUCCUUCUUUACAGUAUUGUCAUCGAGAUCCUGGAAGACCGUCACAAGACUAACAUAAGACCUCCAGUCUGAAUUCCACUCACAAGCUAUGCAAUUGAACCACAAGCAAAGCAUGCCUUUGCUAUUGUUGAAAUUGUUAUUUGUGACUGGUCUUGUGAGUAGUCUUGUGACUGGUCUUGAGACUGGUCUUGUGACUGGU